ACUAAAUCGAUUUUUUUUUAAUUCUUUGAUUGAUUCCGGUGAUUCAAAUAAUUGUAGUUUUUUUAAAAAUAAAAUGAAUACCACUCAUGAAUUUGACGGAUUCAGUGAACUGGAGAUGGAGACUGGAGAAUUUGAAGAUUGCAUUAAAAUCGAGUCAACGUGCCUUACCGAGCCGAAUGUCUGCCCAAAAACUGUUACUAGAAAGCAGCCACACGAGUGCGAAAUCUGCGGCAAACAGUUCAAGCGACGGACAGAUAUGAUACGGCAUCUGCAUUCGCACACCACCGGGAAAUCCUUCUUCGAAUGUGCCCAGUGUGAGAAAUCAUACGCUACCAAGCAAGCUCUGCGCAAUCACAUGUUCAGUCAUCUGGAUAAACCAUCCUUCACCUGCAGUCUGUGUGGAAAAAGUUACUACCAGCCGGCAAGUCUCGACAGUCACAUGCUGACACAUUCCGGGAAGCAACGUUACAGAUGCGAAGUAUGUGCGAAAAUCUGCCGUUCGAAGGUAGACUUCGAGGCUCACAUGAAAGUGCAUUCCGGUGAAGGACCGAUGAAGUGCCAGACCUGUGGCAAGAACUUCUCCACCGCGUAUAACUUGCACUUGCACCAACGGCUACACACGGGAAAACUGUUCAAGUGUGACGUAUGCGGGAAAGAAUUCGGCUGGCAAUCAAGUUUACGACAGCACGUGACCGGACACUUGAGUGAACUGCCGCAUAAAUGUGAUACUUGUGAGAAAGAAUUUCUUACUAAUUAUCAGCUGCUAGUGCAUAUUCGCACUCACAAGAAUAGCUGCACUGUGUGUGGCGUUGAUUUCAAAGAUUCACGUGCACUAGUGGUGCACAAACGGAAAAAUCAUCGCAAGGAGAAAAAACAGCAGUGCGAUAUUUGUGGCCGGAAAUUUAUCACUAGUACCACCCUUCAGAAGCAUAUGCUAGUACAUACUGAGGGAAAUCCUCAUGUGUGCAACAUUUGCGGUAACGGUUUCAGUUGUAAGACAACUCUACUUGUACACCGGAGAGGUGUUCAUGGGAUGGAUCAACCCCAUCAAUGUGCGCACUGUGAGAAAAGUUUUCAGACCGGAAGCGAUCUGUUUCAGCAUAGUUUUACUCAUUCCAAGAGAAAGCCCGUUCAGUGCGAACUGUGCGAUAAGAAGUACAGCACGAGGUCCGGCCUUGAUUAUCAUCAGAAAACGGUACAUUUGGGAAUAAACAGAAACACGAUUUGAAAUUAUACAAAAACUGAAAAGAAAAGGGGAGUUUUGUUUUAGAGAACGU